AAGCCAAGACUUAAUCUAUCCUAAUUUUAUUCACAAUAAAUUCUCAUUAUUCCGAAAACACCCCCCCGUUUACAUUUCACACCUCUUUCUAAGGGGAGAAAACAGCUAACCGUCGGAACACACCGAAUCCUCCUCCGAAGCUCCCUCCACCAUAGUAUGAUUCAUGCUAUGUUUUUCACUCUUCUCAUCGUCGUCGCCUGCUGACCGCCGACAGCCUCCUCCCUCCCGCCGCCGUGUCCCCGGUGUAGCAUGAUCUGAUGAGACGUACUUGUGCAACAAGAAUCGGAAGCGUAAGGUGUCUGUACGUGGCAUUCUCAUCACUCUUGUGGUAAUGCUUGGGGCAAUGGAUGACAAUGGGGGAACCAAAAUCACAGGCAUCAAACAAAUCAUUAAGUUGAAGGAAUUCAUUCAGAGAUGGCAACAUGCCACACUUGGUCCGAGGAGUAGCAAUAGCCCUCGAUCUGAUGAAGUCUGUGGAGGCAUUUCACCCGAAAUUAGUUGGAGGCUGAGAAAUUCAAGUGUACGCUGUGACUCAGAUGAGGAUAGUUGCCAGAGCCUAGAGAUGCCAAGUGAUGUCCCUAGAGGUUACCUUGCUGUAUAUGUGGGGCCGGAGCUUCGGAGGUUUAUCAUCCCAACCAGCUAUCUUAGUGAUCCACUGUUCAAGGUGCUGCUAGAGAAGGUUGAGGAGGAGUUUGGAUUCGAUCACAGUGGUGGGCUCACAAUUCCGUGUGACAUCGAGACCUUUAAAUAUCUACUACAGUGCAUGGAAAAUCACAGGAAAGGGCAAGCUGAUCAAGGCAAUGCAGGUUAAACUGUUUUCUGUUCAGUUUUCUUGCUAUCUUUGCUUACCUGGAGUUUUCUUUUGGCACAGCUUAUAUUCAUCAACUAUUAAAUGCUCAUUUGAUCAUUCUAACUAAUGUCAUGGCGAUUUCAACCUGAUCUUUGUAAGUGAAUGAAAGCUACUGAAACUAUUCAGAAUGUCCCCUGCGGGGCUUAAGCAGCAUGUUUUAGUGUGUUUAUUUUGAGGUCUAGAGGUGUAUGCAUUUACUCUUGUUCGACGACAUUUGGCUGCAAUGAGUGAACCUGAUGUUUAUGAUCCACAAUCAACACUGGGAGGAUCAUAUGGUGGUUACAAUAUGAUAUUUCUUCUUCUUGUAAGCUACCGUAUCUUGUUUUUGUCGCUGGACGUGGAAAUCUAGCGAUUUUGCAGCUCAAGACUCAUCAGCAGUAGAGGAGUUAUGAAAUUAGGACGUGUCUUUGUAAGGGAUGUAACAUUUUUCUUUACGUUCAUUUCCAUUCUUGAAGACAUGUAUAGAUAGUUUAUUUUCUUUUUAGCCAUCACAAGAUGAGGUUUUAUUUCUUAAAUGAACAUUCUUUUUCUCGGUUUUCCUUAGAAACAUCUCAUCUACAUAAUGAUACAAAAAUUACUUUUAAUGAUUA